AGAAAUCGCAACAACCUACCAAAAUUAGGCAUCUUGAUUCUCCUAUAUAAAAAAAAAUAAUAAUAAAUUCCGUCACUACCAAAUCCCAAAAUCAUCAAACUCCCAGUAACCCAAAACCCUAAUGGAUUCUCAUCACUUCCUCUUCAUCUCCGCAGCAAUUUUCUUAUCUCUCACCCUUAAUUUCCCAUCCAAAUCAGACGCAACAGCGGAACUUUCCAAGCAUCCAAACAAGCUACUGAUACAAGUCUGCAAUCAAAGUGCUGAAUAUGGAUUCUGCAUGCAUCUCAUGAGAACGAAGCCCCGAAUACUAUCAGCAAAAAGCAUCAGGACAGUCGCCAACUUUGCCCUGGCAAUAACAAGGAAGCGAUCGAUCAUUACGAGGAAUCUUUUCAACAGGUUGUCGACCGUAGCCAAGAAUCCUGGAACUAGAGAAGCGUUCAAGGAGUGUGGAGAUUACUUGAAUGGAACUGUCGCAAUGCUUAAUCUUAAUGGGCUCGAAGGUGGAACGGCAUCGUUGGAUGUUCAUUACGCUCUUGAUAAUGUUGAGUACUGUGUGAAUGUUUUGAGAGAUGCUAAGGUUGUCAGUCCGAAGAUUUCUGGCGCCAUUGAUGACUGGAAGAAGUAUUAUCAUGUUGCUUAUGCUACUGUAUUAAUUCUAGAAGAUGAAACUCCUGCAGGAGCUUAAUUAAUUAAUAUCAUUAUGAUAUAAUUAAGUUUCGUUUUGGGUUA